CCCGUUGAUCCUUGACACCUGUCGCGUUCGCGACAAAAGCAAAACACCUAGUUUCGGUUGUCUGUGCUGAGAUGCUAAGCUUCGUUGCCCAGUAUGACCGAAACAAAGAUGCAACUAGAAGACUGGCUGGAUGACUUAUGUGUCCGCUUCAUUAUCAACCUACCCCGUGAGGAGCUCGAAUCCGUGGAGCGAAUCUGUUUUCAAGUCGAAGAGGCACAAUGGUUCUAUGAAGAUUUCAUUCGCCCACUUGAUCCUGCGCUACCGAGCCUCUCUCUGAAAGCUUUCGCUCUUCGCAUUUUCCAACACUGCCCUCUUAUGUCCCAAUGGUCCCAUUACCAUCACCAAACCGCCUUCUCAGAGUUCCUGGCCUACAAAACCCGCGUGCCAGUGCGUGGAGCGAUUCUGUUGAACCAGGAUAUGGAUGAAGUUGUAUUAGUUAAAGGCUGGAAGAAGGGUGCCAACUGGAGUUUCCCGCGAGGAAAGAUCAAUAAAGGCGAGAAGGAUUUGGAUUGCGCCAUCCGUGAAGUCUACGAGGAAACUGGUUUUGACGUGCGCAAUGCCAAUCUGGUGGAAAACGACGAUGCUGUCAAGCAUAUCGAGAUCUCCAUGCGCGAGCAACACAUGCGACUUUAUGUUUUCCGUGGCGUUCCUCGCGAUACUCAUUUUGAACCACGGACGCGCAAAGAAAUCAGCAAGAUUGAAUGGUACAAGCUAUCAGAAUUGCCGACACUCAAGAAGAAUAAACAAGAUGAUGGGCUAGCGGUGGCCAAUGCCAACAAGUUUUACAUGGUUGCGCCCUUCCUGCACCCGCUGAAGAAAUGGAUCUCGCAGCAGAAGAAACAUAUGUCCAAGGCUCAAGGUGGUGCCGCUUCCUCUCAGAAUGAAGGUUACACUUCAAUCGACGAAAGUGGGUUCCAAACAAGCGAUUCGAUGUUUCCGUCUGCCGCUGCACAUGGUGUUCCGAGCGAUCUGCCUGAAGUGACCUCUGUUGAAGAUGUCUCGUCUCAUCUCAAGCGACUUCUAAAUAUCAAUGGAACUGUACCAACGCCAGCACAGGUUCAAGCCGCCCAGCCCGCACAACCUGCAGCGGUAGACCAGUCCAAAUCAAAUGCUUUGCUUGAGUUGUUGCGACAGGGCUCCCACGAAGCUGUUACUCAAGUUCAGAAUGCUGCCACUGCCCCAACAACAUUGCCUAUGGCGCAUGCACCUCACUUGGCGCCCAACUUCUUCCCCGGAUUCCCCCAGCAGCAACAGAACAUGGCCCCAACAAAUUUCAUGCAGCAGACAUCGGCGCAACCCUUUUAUCACGAACUUUCUGGGUCCCCCGCUGUUCAACAAAUUCAUCCAAUGCAUACCCCGAGCUAUCAGAACCGCCACCCUGCGUUUCAAGCCCAUGCCUCGGCAUCCCAAAGACAAGGCAUGGCUCCGUUCCAGCAGACCGGGGAUCCUCAAUUUUCCCAGCAGGCCCAACCACCCCGGACUAUGGGGGCAAGAGUGCCGCCGGCAAGUAAGCUGCCUCCACCAACGCUUAAUAGUCACUCACUUGCAUUACUGGAUGUCUUCAAAAACGAAGCCUCCCAAAGCCCGAAAAACCCUCAACUUGCCACCCUUGCCGCUCCCGAGCAGGGCCUUGUCAAGGUGCGGAAGACGUCACAACACCAAGACAGUCUUUUGAAUCUAUUUAAGGGACCGGCCACUUCACCUGCUCCUCCGCCGGUAGAGCUGUCAGGCAAUCCUGUGCCCCAAGCUCCAGCCGCACCUGCUGAGAUCCAAAUCCUCCAGCGAGCCCACCAGCAGGCAAGCCCGAACCCGCAGCGAGGACCCGGUACAUACAAACAGGGUCAGGCUGCGGCCACUGUCUCUGGGCCCUUGAACAUGCCACAGUUCGAGGCUAUUUCCAAGCCAGCACCCAGGAAGGGACCGAAUGGACCUAGUCGGAAGAACAACUUCAGCCGACGAGAUCAGCAUCAGACACAACAGCUCUCAUCUCCCAUUACAAUUUUGCCACGGCCACAGUCGUCGAAGCGUGAUGCAUCCAUCUCCGGACUCAACAUGCAGACAACUCAGCCUCCGCGUCAGUCUCCUGCUCCGCAACCGCAAGCUCCCGAGCCAAUAAAGCCUUUCCAGCCACAGAUCUUGCGGCGUUCUGAGAGGACAGGCCAUGAGGAGUUAAUGGUCAAGACCACGAAGACUGAAAGUGUUGACCGCAGAAGUCCGGCCCUGGGUGUACAGACACAGACACAGACGCAGACACAGACGCAGACACAGACGCAGACACAUACACAGACGGUGGCUCCUCACAGCAACUUUGAUCGUCGACCCAGCCAGACAAGUGCCCAGAAGGAGGCUCUCUUGUCUCUGUUCGGCAAACCUGGUCUUUCUCCAUCUCCCACAUCCGCUGCUCAACCAGACCACCAUGCUGCAGCAGUCUCAGGGCUGGUAAGCCCACUUUCCUCCCGUCAUUUCCCCAGCAGCGGUGAAUCUCCCUCACGUCAUGGUACUCCCUCCGAGACCGAUAUGGUCCCCAAUCGCAUUGCAUCACCAAAUCACAAGGCGUUUCUUUUGGGGUAUUUGCAAAGUGCAGCCAAGGGUGGCAAAUAA